CAGAUCUCCAGUGUCACACAAUGCCUGAGCCAGCGAAGUCCGCUCCCGCCCCGAAGAAAGGCUCCAAGAAGGCCGUCACCAAGGCGCAGAAGAAGGACGGCAAGAAGCGCAAGCGCAGCCGCAAGGAGAGCUACUCGGUGUACGUGUACAAGGUGCUGAAGCAAGUGCACCCCGACACGGGCAUCUCCUCCAAGGCCAUGGGCAUCAUGAACUCGUUCGUGAACGACAUCUUCGAGCGCAUCGCUGGUGAGGCGUCGCGCCUGGCGCAUUACAACAAGCGCUCGACCAUCACGUCCCGGGAGAUCCAGACGGCCGUGCGCCUGCUGCUGCCCGGGGAGCUGGCCAAGCACGCCGUGUCCGAGGGCACCAAGGCCGUCACCAAGUACACCAGCUCCAAUGGCAGCCAGCUAUGACCCUGUGCUGAGGCCAGGGCGGAAGCAACAGAGAUGAGUGCCACUUGUACCCACACCAGAUGCUCAGAGUCCAUCACUGACUAAAAAGCUCCUUUUACUGUGAAAGGAUGACAACAACCUGGGGUAUAAUUAUGAAAAGAAUCAAACCGUGGAAAUGACAUUGGCAGUAAGAGCAAAACAUGAAAGAACUCCAUCAUUUGUCUCAACCACUUUAAGCACAGCAGAAUAUUUGAUUUUUUUCCCCCGAGACAGGGUUUCUAUGUGUAGCCUUGGCUGUCCUGGAACUCACUCUGUAGACCAGGCUGGCCUCGAACUCAGAAAUCUGUCUGCCUCAACCUCCCAAGUACUGGGAUUAAAGGCACCACCACCACCACCGCUGCCCAGCAGUGUAUUUGAUUUUGAAAAGAUCCUUUGGUAUUAGAAACUCCAAUAGUGUCUUUGUACAGAUUUAUGCAGGAUUUAUGCAGAUUUAAGAGGAUUUAUGCAGGAUACAGAGGGCAGUGAAUUAAUUGCCCAAGGCACCACAUGGUUACAGGAUUUCUUAUCUUUGUGUAUGUUCCUGUUGCGUUUUUUCUUUUCUCUUUUCU